AUGGCUCCACUCAGGUUGCUCCUCCUCCCUACCCUUGCCGCAGCACAUGUCACCCUCAACGCCCCCGCGCCAAUUGGCCCUUUUGACGAGGACAACGAAGGCAACGCCCCCUGCGGUGGUGUGACAAUCGAUUUCUCCAAGGACAAUGUGACCGACUUCCACGUCGGCGGCGAGCCCAUCGAUCUCUUUCUUGGCCAUCCCACAGCAGGCUGGCUGAUUCGCGGUACACUUGACGAGACCGCAAUGUCCAACUGGUCACAGCUAUACCCCAUUUUCACCCAGAAUGGUCUCGGUGAUUACUGCCAGCCAGCCGUUGCAGCGCCUGAGAGCUGGGUUGGCAAGAAGGGGAUCCUGGGGGUUGUGGCGAAUGCACCAGACGGGCUGUUAUACCAGUGCGCGGCUGUGAACUACGUAUCAGGUUCAGGCACUCAGACGUCGGACUGCAAAAACGGCAGCGCUGUGACGGCCGCCUUCUCAACAGACGCGAGCCUGUCUGCUCUCGUCAGCACCGACCACAGCACUACGAACGGCACCUCGACCUCCUCGGGCUCUUCGAGCUCGUCCAGCUCGAGCUCACAUAGCAUGGCUCCAGGGCUGACCCCGUCUGCUAGUGGGCUUGUCGGUAGCCUGGCCGUUGUGGUUGUGGCUAGCAUCUUCGGGGCUGGUCUCCUGCUGUGA